AUGAAUCGCUUUGAUGAAUUCAUAUAUUUAUGUAAAAAAUUUGAUAAAAAUGUGAAUUUCGUAAAAAGAGAAAAAAAGGAGAAAGAUCCUUUUCUCAUUAAAAGCAGCGAAAUAUAUACAAAAUUAUUUAGUAAUUGUGAAUAUAUAGAUAAUAACACUUUAAAAAAAUAUGGAUUAUUUUUAAAAAAUAAAUACAUUAAAGAAAAUAAAACAAAAAUAAAAAAUAAAGAUCAUUUAUUAUAUACUAUAAAUAGAGCAUCAGAAGAAAUAAAUUUUUUAAAACCUCAGAUAGAAAUACAUAAACAUAUUUUAAAUUGUCUAAAUAAUUUAUUAAGUAUAUUUAUUGAUAUAAUUAAUAAAUAUGAACAGAAUUUAAGUGAUUAUUAUUUUAAGUUAAAUAAAUUUACUAAUUUUUAUUUUUAUGAUAUUCAAAAUAUAGAAUUCAAUUUUGAUUAUCUUAAUAAAUUAAAUAAUAAUAUAUAUUCGGAUUCUUAUGAUAAUCAAUCAAAACAAUUUAACGUUGAUUCUUCUUUUAAUUGUUCUUCAAUUAUAUUAAAAAAAAAAAACAAUAGCAGUAGCAACAAUAAAAGAUUAAAUAUAAAACAUGAAGAUAAUAAUGAUAAUGAAACUUAUGUUAAUAAUGAAAGCACAGAGUUAAAUGAAAAAUUUGAUAGAGAUAAUAGUAAUAAAUUAAGUUUAAGAAAAAGAGAAAAUAAUCAAAUCAAUUUUACAAAAAAAGACAAAAAUGACAUGUACAAUAAAUAUAAUUAUAUUGAAGAAGAAGAAGAAAAAAAAAAAGAUUGGAUGAAUAAUAGCAGCAUUUUUUAUGAUGAUUAUUUAUUAAAUGAUAAUCAAAAAUUAGAAUUUAAAAAAUACGUUGAUUUAUUUGAAAAGGAAGAAACCACUUAUAUAAUAGAAACAAAAAAGAAAAUAGCAAAAAUAAGUAAUUUAAUGAAUGUAUUUGUUAAUAAAAUAUAUGAGCAAAAUGAAAAUUUAAAAAUGAUUGAAAAUAUAAUAGAAGAAAGCAUAGAAAAUGUAUCCCAUGGAAAUGUUUAUUUAAGCAAAAUUCAAAAAAAGAAAAAUUUAAAUUCCCUUAUAUUUUUUGUUUUAAUAUGUACUUCUAUUUUUUUGUUUUUAUUCGAUUUUUUUAGAUAA